AAAAUUUAAAUAACCUCAAAUCUUAAGAAUUCAUGUCGUAACCUUAGUGUUUGUUUAUUUAGAAAAUAGUUUAAUUAAUAAAUAUAAUUAAUCACAAUGAAGCAGCAUUUACGCUGUGUAUCUAAAUCUCUUCUUUACAAUAAAAACUUGUCUUCACCUUUGUCUAUAAGAUUAUUAAGUACACAAGAAGCGGUUGAACGCCGCCAUCAUCUAUUCGAACUAGAAAAGAAGCGACAAAUAGAGAAUGUUGGGCGAAUUGAGAAAAUAGAAGUAAAUUACAAGGGUAUCCCUAAAGAUUGUACACUGGUCAUGAAUAAAGAUAUAUCUACGCCGUAUGAUUGCGCUAGACAUCUAAGUCAAUGGCACGCAGAGAGCAGUGCAUUAGCUCUACUGGAUGGUAUGGUGUAUUGGGACAUGCAUAAACCACUUACAGAAAGUUGUACAUUGGAAUUACAAAACUUCACAGUAGCGGAGCCGCAUCAAGUGAACAAGGCAUUUUGGCGGACAUGCUCUAUGGUUCUCGGUGUCUGUGCGAUGAAAGCUUUCAAAGAUAAUGUUCCGGUGAAAUUGCAUAGUUUUCCAGGACCAGAUAUACGCAGUGGCUCGUUCAUAUACGACAUAGAUCUACCUACCCUCCCGGACUGGAAACCAACUCAGCAAGAACUGCACACCCUCAGCGCGGAGUACGUGACGCUGGCGCGAGCUGGUCUGCCGGUGCAAAGGCUGGAUGUCUCCGAACAGCUCGCGUUGGAGAUGUUCAGGGAUAAUGAGCACAAGGCCAGUCAGAUACCGAGCAUCGCUUCGGGGAAUGGUAAAGUGACGCUAUAUAAAAUCGGAAAGUAUGUGGAUAUAUCGAAGGGGCCUGUGAUUAAUAACACAGCGCAAAUCGGCAAAGUAGCUAUCACUUCUGUACAUAAAAUUACUGGAUCCCCAGAUAGUGAUGUGAAGCAAUUGUACAGAUUCCAAGGUGUUGCUUUGCCAGUUGGGGUAGUUUUGAACCAUUUCGCCUUCUCUAUUCUCACGGAACGAGCCAAGAAAUUGAAUUCUGCUCGAUCACCAAUUAACCCAUUAGACACGCGGGAACCACAUAGUGUAGCGGCUACAGCGUAAUUUAGUUUAAAUUUGUAGUUUUAGAUGUAAGGAAAUAAAUAAUGUUCAAAUUA